UGGGCGCACCUCAUGCGGCACUUCAAGAGGCUGCAGGAGGAUCCCUCAGCCGGAGUUCAGCAGAGCCCCCUUGGAGAACAACAUCAUGGUGUGGAAUGCGGUCAUCUUCGGGCCAGAGGGAACCCCAUUUGAGGAUGGAAUAUACAAGCUUACCAUAGAAUUCAUGGAAGAAUAUCCAGACAAGCCACCUACCGUUAGAUUUGUGUCUAAAAUGUUUCAUCUGAAUAUCUAUGCAGAUGGUAGUAUAUGUCUGGAUAUUCUUCAGAAUCAUUGGAGCCGUACCUACGAUGUAUCAUCCAUCUUAACAUCCAUACAGUCUUUACUGGAUAAGCCCAACCCAAACAGCCCAGCAAACAGCCAGGCAGCUCAACUAUACCAAGAGAAUAAGUGGGAAUACGAAAAAUGAGUUUCUGCAAUAGUAGAACAGAGCUGGCGUGACUGUUGACCAUGGAUGAUGCAAAUGAGCACUCUGAUGAGGAAAAUAUAUGUAUGAAGUAUCUGAGCCCUCCUCCUCCUCCUCCUAUCACUGCAUUUACUUGGAAAGCAAAACUAGUCAUCGUGCUGUUGCUGCCCGCCCUCACUGGAGCUCUUUCUCUUUGGACAUCAGAAAAGCCACCCUUUCCCAUUUCCCCUUGAGGUCAAA